UCUCAGGAAUAUGAAUCCCAGCAGCAGCAGCAGCAGCAGCAGCAGCAGUUCUGGGAGCAGCCCUGCCCUAGUGCUGGAGGAGGGGGACGUGUGAGGAAAGAGCCGCCCUGCGCCCGCCUCUAUUUACUCCAGGAAAAGAAAGAUCCUCUCAGUGGCUGCUCCUCGCCGCCCCAGCUCUCUCCCUGCUCCCUGUGGGCUCCUGUCCAUCUGCUGGUAGGAGAAGAGACCUCCUUGCAAGUUCCCACCAUUCCUCCCCCCUCUCUCCCGUGUGCAGGUCUCCUCCGCUCACGCCACACACAGAUGCCUGCAGGAGGGAGUGCUGCUGCUGAGGAUCUCUUGUGUGACUGCUAGCAGGACUGCUGCAAAACUUCCCCAGGGCAAGGAAGGACGAGAGUAACAAGGGAUUCCUUGGCUUUGUCCAGGUCCCCCUCCCUCCUCUGGAUAUUAUCGGCUGGAACUUUUGCAGGCAGAGAGCUAGGCACCCAGUGGGCACAGUUUCUGUGGGGACCCUGUGCUGAGAGACUCUCCUGCUUUCUGGUUGUUACUUUCCUGCUACCAUUGUGUUACCAGGGACUUUGUGAGAUCUUGUCCCCUCUUCCCCUCCCCUCCUGAUUGUGGUAUUUGUCAGGCUGGUUGACGAUGGCUGGUUGCUGCCUGUCUGCAGAGCAGAAGGAGUCUCAGAGGAUUAAUGCAGAGAUCGAGAGACAGCUCCGCAGGGACAAAAGGGAUGCUCGGAGGGAGCUGAAGCUGCUGCUGCUGGGAACUGGUGAGAGUGGGAAAAGCACCUUCAUUAAGCAGAUGAGAAUUAUUCAUGGGUCUGGAUACACAGAUGAAGACCGGAGAGGGUUCACAAAGCUGGUUUACCAAAACAUAUUCACUGCCAUGCAGUCGAUGAUCCGGGCAAUGGACACACUAAGGAUACAGUAUUCCUCUGAGCAAAACAUGGAAAAUGCCUUACUGAUACGGGAAGUAGAGGUGGACAAAGUAAACAGCCUGGAAAGAAAAAAUGUUGAAGCAAUAAAAAAGCUUUGGGAGGACCCUGGGAUCCAGGAAUGCUAUGAUCGUCGGAGAGAGUACCAGCUGUCAGACUCUGCUAAAUACUACCUUUGUGAUAUAGACCGUAUUUCUGUUCCUGCAUAUAUACCCACCCAGCAAGAUGUGCUGCGAGUCAGAGUGCCCACUACUGGAAUCAUUGAGUAUCCAUUCGAUUUAGAAAAUAUUAUAUUUAGGAUGGUAGACGUUGGUGGCCAGAGAUCAGAAAGAAGGAAGUGGAUUCACUGUUUUGAAAAUGUUACUUCCAUCAUUUUCCUGGUGGCGCUGAGCGAAUAUGACCAAGUGCUGGCGGAGUGCGACAAUGAGAACCGGAUGGAAGAAAGCAAAGCUCUGUUCAGAACUAUCAUAACCUACCCCUGGUUCCAGAAUUCUUCCGUCAUCUUGUUUUUAAACAAGAAGGAUCUUUUAGAGGAAAAAAUUGUAUUCUCUCAUUUAAUUGACUAUUUUCCAGAGUUUGGUGGGCCCAAGCAGGAUCCCAAAGCAGCUCGGGAAUUCAUUCUAAAGCUCUACCAAGACCAGAACCCAGACAAAGAGAAGGUGAUCUAUUCCCACUUCACCUGCGCUACAGACACUGAGAACAUUCGCUUUGUCUUUGCUGCUGUUAAAGACACUAUCUUACAGAUAAACCUGAGGGAAUUCAAUCUAGUGUAAGAGAACUGGACAAUGCAGUUUGUGGAUUCCUCCGUUAUUCUGUACCAAUGACUGUCUCCUGAAUCUUAACCAACCCCACUCUCUUUUCCUAAGAGUGCAGAGAUGAGAUGGUAUAUUUUCCUACAACGUACUGUGUUCUGAUUAAGAAAAUCUCUGGUGAAAUUGUAAUCAGGAAGAGAAUUUUUCCCCAAAUGUUUACUAUUUUUUUUUUAAUGUGGUAUAGAAACUACUAAAUGCUGUUUUUAUUUUUCCCUAUGCGUUUGAAGUAUCUUUAUAAAUAUCCUUUUGUGAUGAGCAUUGGAUAACAGACUUUAAUAUGAAAUAUGCAUAGAUUUCAAUUUCCUGUUUUUUUUAUUACUAUUAGUAAUUUUGUUGUGGUUUAGUUUUAACCAGAGUUGCCUUUGCGAUUUUAAAGUAACACAACAUUUUUAAUGGAGAACCAUGAUUUUUUUUUUUUUUUUUAUAGUCCGGGGAGCUUGACACUAAUUUUAGAAUCUAUGUCGUCUUUUUAGAAGAAUAUAAAAAAAAUGGGCUCUUCAUUUAAAUAGCCUUUUAAUCCAUUAUUUAAUAUAGCCAUAUACAUGAAUGAUAGAUUAUCUUAUUGUUAAUAAUAUGAAUCAAGGGUCUGUUAUUUUCCAUUUGCAAUGUUAUACCAAAGACAGAAAAAAUUGACAUUGUAAUGAUAUUUGUAAAUAUGUUACUCUAUAAAUAAUAUGUAUAUAUAUAUAUAUGUAUAAGCAUAUAUACAUAUAUUUUAUGUUUCUCUGCAAGUAGGGCUGUUUAAAUAUGAAUAAAUUACAUUUUAAAUCCUAAAACACUAAAUCAUUUAACAUGCUGUAUAUGUUCGGUAUUCAAUUUUGUAACUCUGUUUUAUUAGAGCAUGAGAUACUUAUUCUUUGUAGCAAUGUCAAUCACAAUGCUUUUUAAGUCUAUAUUUACAAAAGCAGAGAACCACCACUUUCCAAAAGCAUAAAAAAAAUGUUGGCAUAUACAUUGGUUAUUUUUUUACAUUACUAAUGAGUGCUAUUGGAUCAGAUUUUGCGGUUCUAUUUUUUUUCCACACAAUUUCUUUUUCUUUUUUUCAAAAUAUAAUAAAAAGUACAUAUACAUUAAUGCUGUAGCUAGAUUUUUUUGUUUUACACUUUAUACUGAUUUUCUAUGUAAAAAUCAGAUUUGCUAAUUUUGUAACUUAUUUUGUAAAUUGCACUAUCAAUUGUACACCAUCAUGCAUCAGAUGUUUAUAUGAUCACCUUUUGAAAUGUCAUAGCAUUUUACACACAACCAUAUAUGAAAUAAAUGUCAGAAUAAAUUCUGUAAAACAGAAUCAAAUGAGCAUAAAAUAUAUACAAUAUAUAGUUUUUUUCCCCAUAAAUACUGAAUAUUUGAUAAAAUAGGUUAUUAGCCUUUGCCACACCAUCGUUAAACAUUAGCAAUUGUUACGGUAGUGGUAUUCAUAUAAUGUUAGACAUUUAUAAACAUAAUGUUGCCGGAAUAGAAUAUAGAUGUGCAGGUGCAUAGUACACAAAAUUGUGGCCUAGGGUCUCAGAAGGAAGCAAAGGUACACAAUUCUGUUGUGUAGGCUCUUCUCACUCUUACGUCAGGCCAGCAACAUGAACUGAUGAUAUCCAUGUUAUUUUAAAAAUCUUCACCCAGAACAUUUUCUUUUGCGAGACCCACUCAAUUGAACUAGUUGAGGAGGAGGUAGUCUUUGAAGGGAAAUAUGUUUUGGGAAAAGGGCUUUUGGUACCUGAAUAUGUACAGGUUGAGUCUCCAAUAUCCAAAAUAUUCUGAAAGCCAAACUUUUUUGAGCACAACUGAGAUGGUGACGUGUGCUUUCUGAUGGGUCAUUGUAUACAAAUUAUGUUUCAUGCACAAAACUACAAAUAUUGUAUAAAAUCACUUUAAGGCUGUGUGUAUGAAACAUAAAUGUGUUCUGUGUUUAUGUUUGGGUGCCAUCCCAAAGAUAUCUCAUUAUGGAAUGCAAAUAUUCCAAAAUACUUAAAAAUCCAAGAUACUUCUGGUCCCAUGCCUUUUGGAUAUGGGAGACUCAACCUGUACUGUGCUUAAGGCCUUCAAAGAUUUAAUUACAAAACUUGAUUUGGCAACGUAUGUACAUAACUUUACAGCCAAUGUUUUCUGUCUUGAGAAGGCAAUCCUACAUACACAGACUUUGACGGUAUUGUUAUGUAUUCUUUCAUUUACAAUUUCAAUAAAAGCAAGUAGACUUUUAUGCAGAAUCUGAUGUGUAACCCUGAACCUGUUUCUCUGGUAUGUAAUUGUCAGUCAAAAUAUUCUACACUAUUAAAAAGAUUGC